GUGGUAGGGCGAGUGUAGAUGCACUGCAGGAUCGAACGCACCCACAAUAAAUAAAUGCAUUAAACGUUUGUUUUUUACAGUUUGGAUACAAGCGGCCGGCAUGGAACAAAUGUGGGACUGAGAAGACUUGAACAGUUCAUCCGAUCAUCUAAUAGAGAAUUUUACCCUGGUGGCGGCCGUCGGGGAGCUUGCAGCGUGACCUCACUCUUCCCUCUGCACACUCCAUCACCGCCCCCUGAUCCUCCUCAGCACCUCCUCUCCCUACGGCCUCCUCAUCUGUCCCAGCCAAGAUGGCAGGGAAGGAGCGCAGUCCUCGCCAUCGACCAUGGUCGGUGUACCGCGCCAACACCUUCGACCUCUCCUCGGAGAUGAUGGGCCUAACCCUGGCAGGCCUCAGCCAGGAUCCGGACGAGCCAGUGCUGGAGUUCAGUCUGGCCUGCAGUGAGCUGGUCACGACUGCCCUGGAGCGGAAGCCCAAUAGCUUUGUGGCCGUGAGCUGCACCACCCCUCCUCAGGCCUUCUGGACCAAGCAUGCUCAGACGGAGAUCAUCGAGGGAACGAGUAACCCGAUCUUCCUGAGCAGCAUUGCCUUCUUCCAAGACUCUCUGAUCACUCAGCAGACACAGGUCAAGCUGUCGGUGUACGACGUGAAGGAUCGCUCACAGGGCACGAUGUAUCUGCUGGGCUCGGCCAUGUUCACCGUGAAGGAGCUGCUACAGGACAAGCACCACAGGUUACACCUUACUGUCAGGUCUGCUGAGAGUGAGCGCAUGGGCAACAUCACCGUCAUCGCCUGGCAGAUGGAGGACAAGAGAGAUCAGAGUGCUCCCAUGGCCAGGCUACCGGACACCAUCAAAGGCAGAAUGGUGUUGCCGGUGGAUGAGAGCCUGACUGAGGGCAUCAAAGCCAAAUCAGCCUCCCUGUGCAAAGACACCCUUUUAAAAACAGUGUUUGGUGGCACCAUGUCACGCAUGUACCGCUUGCCCACCACGGAUGGCAACCAUCUGAGGGUCCUGGAGCAGAUGGCAGAGAGCGUGCUGUCUCUCAACAUCCCCCGACAGUUCGCCAAACUGCUGCUGGAGGAGGACGCUGCCAGGGUGUGUGAGCUGGAGGAGCUGGGUGAGCUGUCUCCCUGCUGGGAGAACCUGAGGAGGCAGAUCAUCACACAGUACCAGACCAUCAUCCUCACAUAUCAGGAGACCCUCACUGAUCUCCAUGAGUACAAGGGUCCCUCCUUCAAAUCCAGCACACUGAAAGCUGAAAGGAGGCUGGAGUUCAUGCCGACGAACCUCCACCUUCAGAGAAUGAGGGUGCAAGGAGAGAAAGGCUACGACCACACAUACGACGUGGUGACCAUCGGAGCCCCAGCCGCUCACCACCAGGGCUUUAAAUGCAGCGGCCUGCGGAAACUCGUCCAGAAGUUGGAGGAGGCCAAGAAGCAAGCUUUUGAGGAGCACUGUAGCCGGGAGUCCAGCCCUUCCUCCAUGGUCUACGUGCCCCAGGACGUGGUGCGAGCCAGGGAGCUCAUCCCCCAGAUCACCACGCUCAAAACCCAAGUCUGCUACUACGUGGAGCGUCUGUCCCGAGCUGCAAAAGACCGCUCGGCCAACGCACUAGAGAGGACAUUGGCCAUUCUCACAGAGAAGACGAGGCAGCUGGUGACGGUGUGCAACAAUAAGCUGCUGGCCUUGGCCAUCCUGGCCCUGAACGCAGCGCGGCCCGAGUUCAUCGCCUCCCGAGGGUCGCCCUCACGCAGCCCCGACCCCGAGAGGGUGGUCGUCCGGAACGACCAGGGGUCACCCCAAGUCAAGUGGAGCGGGCGCAGCAACCGCGCCUCUCUGUAUGUGGACUGGCACGAGGAGGACUGGGACAAGGUGUGGCUGAAUGUGGAUAAGAGUUUGGAGUGUGUGAUCCAGCAGGUGCAGCGGAUACUGCACAAAGGCAAGAAGGCCAGCGACAGCAGCGAAGACGUCUUCGAGUUGGACCUGCCCUCCACAGCCAGCAAGAAAGAUGGCAGCCCCAGUGUUGAGGGAUCCUCCCCAGGUGAGUGGAGUGAGGCUCUGUACCCGGUGCUGACCACACUCAACGAGUGUGUGGCCAUGAUGAGUGACAAGGCCAAGAAAUCCAUGGUGUUCCUCCUCAUGCAGGACAGCGCCCCCACCAUCGGCAUGAGCCUGACACUACAGUACCGCAGAGAUGUGGUCUUCUGCCAAACAUUAACUGCCUUGAUCUGUGGGUUCACUGCAAAGCUCAGGAGUGGUCUCCAUGACAACGGCUUCCUGAAACAGCUGCAUACUAUAGGCCUGUUAGUACAGUUUGAAGGUCUUCUCAGCACCUAUGGUGAGGAGUUGUCUAUGCUGGAAGACAUGAGUAUUGGUGUCAUAGACCUGAGGAACGUCACCUUCAAGGUUACCCAGGCAACCACUGGAUUCUCCCCCGACAUCCUCCCCGUCAUCACAGGAAACAGGGACGGCUUCAAUGUGCGUGUGCAGCUGCCAGCUGUGCUGUUUGAUGCGUUGCCACGGGAGAUCCAGAAUGGGAUGCUGUUGCGCGUUCAGCCAGUGCUGUUCAAUGUUGGCAUCAAUGAGCAGCAGACACUGGCAGAGAGGUUCGGAGACACAUCCCUGCAGGAAGUUGUGAAUAUAGAGAGUCUGGUGCGGCUGAACUCCUACUAUGACCAGUUCAAAGAGGUUCUGCCUGAAGACUGUCUACCUCGGUCCCAGAGUCAGAAUUGUGUGCCUGAGUUGCUCAAAUUCCUGAACCAGAAUAUUCAUGCCAGGAAGAGCAAGAAUGUGGACAUCCUUUGGCAGGCCGCAGAGGUGUGUCGACGUCUCAAUGGCGUUCGCGUCACCAGCUGUAAGAGCGCGAAGGACCGUACGGCCAUGUCGGUAACGCUGGAACAGUGCAUGAUUCUGCAGCAGGAGCACUGUAUGGCCCCACAGGUCUUCACUCAGGCCCUCGACUGCAUGCGCAGUGAGGGAUGUCGACGAGAGAACACCAUGAAGAACGUGGGCAGUCGGAAAUAUGCCUUCAACGCGCUUCAACUGAAGGCCUUCCCCAAGCAGUACAGACCACCAGAGGGCACCUAUGGGAAGGUGGAGACUUGAUUGGAGGAAUGGCUGGAAAUCAGACACGCCACACCCCCAGUGCAGUUCCCCUCCAGUUCACCAUUCAUUAUUUUGCCUUGAAAUAAGAGUAGAUUAAUGCAUUAUACAGCCAUGGUGAAGUUGGAUUAGUUUCAACUGCAACUGUGUUUUCAUCAGUUUAAUUGUUGCAGUGAUGAAGGAACAGGACUGGGGUGUGUGGGGGGAUGCUCAGGCAUGGUCCUGAGGGGCCACCAUGUCUGCUGGCUUGCAGAUUUUCAUCAACAAGCCUUGAUCUGGCUAAAUUUUAUUUUCAGGCACUGUAGAAACCCACCUCAAGCCAAACAUUGUUGGCUUUAUUUGUUAGCCAAGUGGUGUUUGUCUUUUCCUGGGAAGCACAAUAAGCUAGUGAUAAACAGUGCCAAUGACUUUCUAAGUAAUGUAUUUCUUUCCGUCCCAGUAAAAGUCUACAGCCAUAAUGGCCCUCAAGGACCUAACUUGGUCACUCCCGUAACAUAACAGAGGGAAUUAAAUACUUCACCAUAGGAAAUCACACACCACAAAAUAGCCUUUGUCUUGGUUGUAGAACACAGGCACAGUGACAAAUGUCAACUUUCUGUGGUGAUAAAAGUAAAAUUCCCAAUACGCAUAUUAGAUAUAGUUACGCUUCAUCAGGUUAUAAUGAAUUACUCACCAAAUAACACCACUGUUUAGUUCCCACUCACUGAUGUCAAGUAUGCAUAAAACUAGCUGCCUUAAAAGUGUCUUACAAAUCAACCAUCUCCGCACGAGCUUCUCUGGCCUGUAUCAAAACAACAGAUAGAAAAGUGUGUUCAAUGUAAAUAAGCAGGGUGAGUAUUGCAACAAUACCAUUUUGUUGUGAACCUUUAGUGUAGGUAUAUGAUCUUUACUUACCCUUUGGUUUAUGAAAGUAAGUCAGGAAGUCUUUGUGCGGCACGAGUCUUGGAUGUCAAAUACACAGUUUAAUAUAGCAAAGCGUGUUCAGAACAGAAUAGUCACAAUAUUAUAAUGUUUUGUUGCCUGUGGUAUAUUUCAAAAUCGGAACUGUGAUAAAUGACUGACAACGUAGUGAAGGGAGGGUCUGGAGUUCCAGGCUGGUAGACAGAGUUUUAUGAAAAGCAGAGUGCUGUUGCUCCGCCAAGCACCCAGAGUCAGAUCAACUCCAGAGUCUGUUCCUAUCUGGAUAGUCCUGAUGGCACAGGAUAGGACACAGAAAGCCACAAAAAGACCAUGCCACUGAUUUGUUAAUAUUUGAAGUCUUGAAAAAAACACAGAAAUGGGUUCCAUUUAUGUUUUAAGCUUAGACAUUUUCUCAAAUGUGUCCAUCUCUUAUUUUGCUCAGCAGUGCUGUAAUGCAAAAAAUGCAUUGGUCUUAAUUUUCUCCUAACAGCCCUGAGCGCAUGGCUAAAUGCAGAGACUUGUAAAGACCAGAGUGCAACUACAUCAGCAUAUUUCCCUGUGAACACAGACAACAUUGUAUCUCUCUUGCCUUGAAGGAGGGAAUCUAGUGUGAGUCUAGAAUAGUCUAGAAUCAGAGUAGAGUUUGUCAGGUGAAUUUAGAUUUUUUUUUUUUUUUUGCAUCAGAAGAGAAAGAUGAUAAACUAUUGAGAAAGGCCUUACAUGUUUGAAUACUGACGCAAACACCAAAUAGUAAUUUAAUAAAAUCAUUAAAAAAAAACAGCAAAAAGAAAGAUGUCCAACUGGCAUUGGGAAUGUGUCUUUCUUAAUGCAUGUAAUGGAUACUUAAAACAAUUACUAGCACACUGCAUUAGGGUCAACAAGAAUGCAACCUGCUGGACAUUUGUUUUUCACAUGUGCACGCUUUAUUAUGUUUACAUGGAUCUAAUCUUAUAUUGACUUAACUUCUGUUGGCUGAAAUGUUGCUAUUUUCCGAAGACAUUCAAAAUAGUGUAAUAGUUCUGACAAAUAGAAAUAUUUUUCUUUUUGAUUAUGUUUUAUUGUAUGUUAUUUUUUUACAUAACUUAUGUCAUUUGUUGCAAAACUGUGUCAUGGUGGCAUAACUGUAUAGAGUUGGACUAUGCUAUAACAUGCUGUAAAAUGUGCUCUCUCACAUGCAUUUCUCAGUACUUGCAGCUAUUAAAAUAAGUUAACAUCCGAAA